AUGGCCAAUGGUUUCUUCCCGAACAAAGAGGUGUUGUACAAACAAACACCAGAUUUGGGAUUACUCCGAUGCGUAGACGCCGGCGAAGCCACCAAACUUCUGGAAAAGAAAUGCCAUCAGUGUCAAAUCCACAGUGAUUUAAUCAAAGUCGCACCAAUUGAGCUCAAUGCUAUGAGCUUACCGUGGCCCCUCGUUGCUUGGGUGGAAGCAACGUUACACAAGUUAGUGACAAAGAAAGUAGUGGCCGACUUUGUGCAGAACAAUAUCAUAUGUCGAUUCGGUAUACCUGAGUCCAUCAUAACUGACAAUAGAGGAAAUUUGAACAACCACUUGAUAAAGGAUAUCUGUGAGCAAUUCAAGAUCUCCCACCAAAAUUCAACAUCUUAUCGGUCAGAGAUGAAUGGAGCUGUAGAAGCAGCCAACAAGAAUAUCAAGAGGAUAUUGAACAAAAUGACAGAUAACUACAAAGGAUGGCAAGAGCAGUUGCCAUAUGCCUUACUGGGAUACCGUACCAUAGCAAGAACUUCAACAGGGGAAACACCCUAUUUAUUGGUCUACGGUACUGAAGCGGUCAUACCUGCCGAAGUCGAGAUACCUUUUUUAAGGAUCAUCCAAGAAGCAGAAUUGGACAAUGCGGAAUGGGUCCGAGCCCGAUAUGAGCAGCUCGCUUUAAUUGAUGAAAAGAGGAUGGUUGUCGUAUUCCAUGGUCAACUAUACCGACAAAGGAUGGCGAGAGCCUUCAACAAAUGA